AUAAGUGGCAGUGGGUGCACCGAGCACAGCUUGCAUCGCCGGACAAUGCAUUCAGAUUUCAACACGACUGGAGACAGAGCAGACGGUGAGCUGAAUUCAUCAAAAUGCGUCUGUUCUUUAGAAAGCAGUAAGAAAACUCAACGUGAGAAAUUAGACGACAGUGGCAUUUAUUUCGAACCGGCUGAUAUCUAUACGUUGCAUCACUUAUCAUUUGUACAACCACCGUUUAUCAUAAUAAAUCCAGGAGUAAACAUAAAAGUAGAAAGACAACCUCCGAAGGCUAUCCUUAAACGCAAAUCCGAGAAAUACUCUAACAACGUAAGUCAACGUAAAGCUACUAAACAUACACUAAGAAACCAUGAUAAUAAAGGCGAUACUUUGAUCGUAGGUACGCAACCAUUGUAUUUAGAUGUUGAUGUACGUGAAUCAGGUGAAAAUUCUAAAGAAAGAACAUCAAAUGUGGCAGAAACUGAAAAAAGUAGAAUAGGAAUAUCAGAGAAAGAUUUUAAAGAAUGUGUUGCUAUUCAUUUAAAAAAUUAUGAUAUAAACAAUAAUUCUCACAGUCUUAUUGACAACCUAAUGCACAAUAUUACAACGAAGUGCAGUCAACCAACCGAAGUAGUAAAGAAAAGCAUUGAAGAAAUCAGAGGUAUAUGGCUGAGAACAGCAGAUGCUUCUCUCAAAUCUAAAUCUUCUGAAACGCUAGCUGCUGAGCAAAGUCGUGGGAUAAACUUAACAGACAAUUUGAGUACAAACAACUCACAUAGCUUCGUUCGUGAAUCCCAAAAUACUUUUACAGGAAACUUAUUAAAAACUAAUGACCAAUACCACAAAUUGGAAAAUACGACUGAAGAUAAUUUAAGUCAAACUCAAGAUUCACAAACAGAAGUCAUAUUUACUACUUCUCCUGAGUCAACACAACAAUCAGUAACUAGUGAGUCGCAUGAAGACAAGAAAGAAUAUUUCGGUACUACUUAUUUAAAUACGUCGCCCCAAAACCAUCAAAAAGAACACCAAAACGAAAAAAUAUCCACAGUUUCUUUGAAUUCAUUAGAAUUAAAGAGCCAAGAAAAUAUUCGUAUAACUGAAAACUCAAAUCGAGAUAUUAUUGACAUUGCUAAUACUACUUCACCACUCACAUCUUUGGAUUAUGAAGAAACUCCCACAACAGAAUACUCGUUUGGACAAAAGAAUGAAUACCAUUAUGUUGGAAAGUCUUUUAAUACAAAUAGAGCUCAGGAGCAAACAGAUGGUACAAAAAAUAAUUCAGGCACAUUAGAUACUUCUGAAUAUGAACGUGGGAUCACAACUGUGUCUUCUAUCACAAAUAUUGAAAAGGAACUUGAAAACGGACGUCGGACAUUAGAGUACAAUUAUUCCACAUUAGAAAAACAAGCAAUUACCCCGGAAAAUUCAUUCACAAUAAGUAACUAUUCACAAGAAGGUAGACCCAACGAUUUAGACUAUCGGUCCCACAAUAUUCACAGCAACAUCACUCAAGAAGAUGUAAGUUUCACUGAUAGUUUAUUUCAGACAAUUCACGAUGAUCUAGCCAGUAUUACCACUGAUGAGGUUAAUGACACCAAUAGCAAUAAAUCUUUGUUGUUACUGGAAAUGGGAAUGCAAAUUUCCAUGAAAAACAAUGGAACAAAUAAAACGAAACAAGACGAUAACUCUACAGCAGAUAUAUUGCAGAUCAGAGCCAUCAAUCGAAAUAACUCAAACAAUUAUACUACAAGAGAAUCAACGACUCCAAAUAUUUAUACUGAAUACUAUAGUGUCACAAAUGCUAUAGAACAGAGUACUGAAAAUAACAGUGAUAUUUAUUAUAUUUCUGAUAAGAAGAAUAUUAAGAGUAACUUAGAUAAUGUUUUAGCUAAUGAGUUUAUAAAAGUUACUACUGACAAUAAUAAUCGAUACUUCCCAAGUACAUUAAGUCAGUUGACCACAAAUUCCCAAAAUGAAACUAUUAAAAAAAUAAAGAGGCAUGGCACAGUAAUAGGCAAAAAUGUAUCAAUUCCAAAAGUGCAGACUAGAGAAUUUGAAAAUGAUACAGUUAUAAGUGAAGUUAACGAAGACGGCGAAACGUUUAUUGAUGAUGAUUUUGCUGAUGAUGAAAUGAAGUCUGCAAGUACAACUUUACACAGUGACGGAAAAACCACUGCACUGAAUAAAAAUACACAAUACUUCACAACGUCUAAAAGUAGAAAUACAGAUGAAAAUAGAUUAUCAGGCAACCUCUACUUUUUAACCGGUGAAUCUUACAUACCUACACGUUUUGUUCAAAAUGACAAAGGCGAACUUACAAUUGGUAUGGAUUUAGUGACAUUGUGCUCAAAACUAAAUACUCAUGGAAAAAGUAGAGUCCAAUUUAUAGACAUGUUGUGUAAAAUACUUAAUUACCAUAACACUUAAUUAAACGAAUGUUUAGAUAAAAGUAAA